CGACAACAUCCCACUCGUCCGAUCGCCACUGUCAGCUUACCAUGACACUCAUCUUGGCUCUCUGCAUUGCUUCCGCUUUCGGGUUAGCAACGCAGGCAGAUCAGUUCGACCCCGAUAGCUAUGCUGCCGAAGACAUCAUCACCCGCGAAGUCGCAGUCAUUGGCGGAGGCAACAGCGGCACCUAUGGCGCUAUUAGGCUUACGGAUCUCAACCAGAGCGUCGUCGUCGUCGAAAAACAAGAGCUGUUAGGCGGCCAUAUCGACACCUACACGGAUCCUGGCACUGGCACCAAGAUCGACAUUGGCGUGCAGACGUGGUUCAACUACUCCGUCGUACGCGACUUUUUCGAACGCUUCGAUGUUCCCGUCUCACUGUACACAUUUGCGGCCGAGGGUGCCGUUUACGCCGACUUCAAGACCGGCGAGACCUUCCAAAACUACACGCCCAGCAGCGACUUUACGGGAUAUGUCGCUCAGCUUGCCAAGUACCCUUACCUCAUUGACGGUUUCAAUCUCCCGGAAAUUGUGCCCGAGGACCUUUUGCUUCCGUUUGGGGAAUUUUUGACCAAGUAUUCCCUCGGAGACAUUGCCUGGACCAUAUGGUCCAACUCCUGGGGUUCGGGAGAUAUCCUCAAGCAACCGACUAUAUACAUGCUCAAGGAAAUUGACGAACCUUUCAUCACUGCUUUCACCGCAGGCAGUAUCAGCAGUGCUCGUCGUGACAACCAAGAGAUAUUCGACAAAGCGAAGGAGGAGUUGGGCUCGGAUGCACUAGUGUCCAGCACUGUCAUCGCCGCACAACGCCCAGCCGAGAAAGGAGACGAAAAGACCAAACUCGUGGUAAAGACACCCAACGGCAACAGACUCAUCGUCGCCUCCAAAGUGCUCGUCAGCGCUCCUCCAACGCUCUCGAAUAUGGACGCUUUUGACCUUGACGACACUGAAAAGUCUCUCUUUGGGCAAUUUACUAGCAGCUCUUUUUACGUCUUUCUCAUUACCGACACGGGCCUCCCUAACGGCUACAGCUUCCAGAAUGUUCGACCUUCGAGCACAAACACUUUCAGUAUCCCGCCUCUCCCGGGCCUCUACAACAUCAAUCCCACGGCCAUCGAUGGGCUCUUCUCGGUCUGGUACGGCGGGCUUGAGGCUCUUUCUCAAGACCAGAUGAAAGAAGACAUUACGGCCACGGUUAAGCGCGUUCGCAAGGCCGUUGAUGGGACAAGCAAUGGAGAGGUUACCUUCCUGGACUACAGCAGCCACACGCCUUUCCAACUGGCAGUACCUUCUGAUGCUAUUGCGGAUGGUUUCUACGACGACCUGGCGGCGCUUCAGGGCCACCGAAACACAUGGUACACUGGCUCGGCUUUUGUCGGUGUUCAUGCGGCUCUCCUUUGGAACUUUACCGAGAAUCUAUUGCCGGAAGUCAUUGGGGCUUGAGUAAAUUCUGCCAUGAAAAUAUGGUCAGUUUUUAACAAUCAGACCAUAUAGAUUAGAGAGCCUUCAAUUAUGGAA